GCCUCUAUGAAUGAGAGAUGCACGAAGCGCUGGCGCUCGCGGCUCUAUGCAGUCUUAGGCAUUCCUCAGCUAGAGGAGAUGAGGUAGUACUGUCAGAGACGAAAGGAGAAUACUGUCUUCCGAGGAAACACGAUGUGAAUGCGGAAGGAUGGCUGAAAACAUGACAAACCACCACCAGUACAUGCAGUCAGGGGGGCAUGAAUUCAAGACAAACUGGGUGGCCAUCUUCUUCAGCAAGCAACAUGUAUGCAGCCCCUGACAGUGGAAUACCUGUCUUGUCAAGUCGGUUUAAUUCUGUCCCUACAAAUGCAAUGAGCAUAGGGAAUCAGAUGAACUAUGCUCCCCACCAAGCCUCCAUAGACACUACUUGCAGACCUCCCAACUCGCAACACAGCAGGAAUCAAGCCAGCCCAUGGUGGCAGCAUUGUAAGAUCAGUAGACAAGCUUGUGUUGAGUUUGGGAAGUUGCUUGAUGCUGCAAAGGACGAACAGCAGAUAUUGAACUAUGAUGCUCAACAGUUAUCAAGGGACGAUCAGUUUCACUUUCGGAAAAAAGUUCAAGCAUUCUUGGCGAGACUUUGCACCAAUCAGCAGUUGUUGGAAUGUAUAAAUGCCGAUUUGUUUUUGGCACAAUUUUUUUCAGCCAUAUUUCUUCAACAUUGUGAAACAUGUAACAGGCAUUGAUAUUGAAAAAAUGCCAACUCAAGACAAUGCCAGUCAACACACCACAAGACAGCCUCAGCAGGUCCCUGCCAACCAUGGCAUGUCGCAGGUUAAUCAGCAUGGCACAGGUGGUGGCUUUGAAAAUCUCCCCACCAGAGGAAACAUCCAACAAUUCCAGAUUAAUGGAAUGUCUACGAGAGGGAACAGUUCUUUCACACCCACUAGCUAUGUAAACCCUCCACCCCCAUAUCCAUUCCAGGGUAGCACUCAGACAAACUUUUAUCAAGGAGGUAGUGUUCCUGAUAAUUCUCGGUCAGCCGUUCCACAGAAUGUUUCAGCAGCGAUCCCAAGGUGGUGUAAAAUGCCUACAGAGAGGUAUGAAUCUGGACGAGUUGUCAAACAGUCUGUUGAGAGAGUGAGUUCGCACCAAAGACAACAAGAACCUACUGGUAUGCCUGUAAAGGCUGGUAACCAACCUGUUCCUCUUCCUUUACCAGCAGUUAAUACAUACACUUCUCAUGUGCCAUCUCUUGCUUCUCAACCAGACUAUACAAGUGUUCACAAGGAGUGGAAUUAUCCUCAACGACAAACCAGUCGGUCAGCUAUGCAACCAGACAUCCUUUCAGUUUCUGUGAACAGUAACAGUAGAUCAGUUCCACAAACAAUUUCUCAGCAGUCAAAUGUCCAAUCUGGCCAUGCAGGAGCUUUGCCACAACAACAGACAAUGUGUGAUUCAAGAAGCCAAAGGAAUACCCCCAGGGACUCCAAUUGUUCAGAUUUAGUUCCACAGCAGUCCGUGCAGGCACCUGCAACAAUUCGAAUACAUCCAAAUAAUUAUCCAUCAACAUCCAGGAAAGAAACAUCUGUGUUGCCUGAUUCAAAAGAACAUUUACGACAGUUAAUGUCAAAUACUCCACCAGUGCAGACUGUUGAACGUAACUCUCCUAUGAAUCAGCUUGAAAAUACAGCCAAGGAACCUGUUGUAAUGCCAGUUGCAGAACCUGUUGUCCCAGUUGUAGAACCCGUUGUCCCAGUUGUAGAACCCGUUGUCCCAGUUGCAGAACCUGUUGUCCCAGUUGCAGAACCUGUUGUCCCAGUUGUGGAACUAGCUGCUGCUCCAGUAGAAGGAUCCACACCCUGUGAUCAACAACUUACAGAUACUGCUGACACGUAUUCAAACAUCAUUUCAAUGCCAGUGUUAGUUGAAGAUCAGUCAUCUAGAAAAAGUGAAUCAUCAAAACCAGUGUCAUCGCUCUCAAAACAAUUGAAAAAUAGCUUUGAUAUGAAUGUGCCCAGCCCUUUCACUGCUGAUGUGUCCGAUUCAGUAGAUCGGUGGCUGUCUGGCAGUAAGAGUAGUGAACUAUUGGACACAUUGACUUCUAAGGCACUUGAAGAUAAAAGGAGACCAUGUGUUGAGAAACAGAAGCAGAAUAUCAGUUCUGUUGAUAAGGAAUCUGGUGAGUCAUUGCCCCAGUUGGACAGUGUCAUUAUUACAGAUGAUGUGAAAGUGAUGCAAACAUCUACAGGUUCCAUAUCACAGGAAAACACAGCCAAACAUUGCUCUGUCAAGAAAACACAUUCUGAAAAUGAAACAGUUUCAAGAAGUUUGGGAAUAUAUGAUCCACCUCUGCCUGUGAUAAAACAUAAGAAGAGAGAAAGCAGGAUUUCUCCUCUUAAGAAGUCCAAUUCUAACACAGAUACAGAUGUUGAUACACCUGCUGAAGAUGCUGCACAUUCGAAGGGCAAAACAAUUGAGUCAAGAAGACAUAGUGAGGGGUCAGGCAAAACCACAGGCUCAACUUUCAAGAGGAAACUGGAAGUAUACAAAGCAAGUCUUGACACAGAACCUUUAUUUUCUGUUCUUGACAACCUUUCAGCUCGGAAAACUGCAAAAUCCAAUGGUAAUAGAGUAACUGAGGGUAAGGAAUUGACCAGUGUUCUUGAUUCAGAGAAGCAGCGUCAUAAAUCAGCAGAAGUAUCGUCAAGCAGUUUACAGUUGAAUGAAGAGAAACAUAAGAAAUCUCAUUCAGAAAAUAGAGACAAGAGUCUAAAACAUCAUGAACGAACCAAAAAGUGUGAUCCAAAAAAAAGCAUUUCUGUGCGUGAACAGCUUGUGCAUGUUGGGGAGAGAGCAGGAACAUCUAAAGACAGAAUUAGUCAUCACAGAAGCGAAAGUCAAUCUCAGCAAGAGUCUUCCACAAUCAGUGCUCGUGAAAAAGUAUAUUCUCAAUGGUCAGGCAAUCAGAAACAUACUGGGAAGCCAAACAAUGUUGGUCAUGUACGUAGGCAGUCAUGUCCUGAUAAAAAUGGUUCAAAAUGUGGAGGUAAUAAAAAUAAGAGAUCCUUAACAUGGGAUGGAGCUACACCAACUAGUGCUGCAUUAGAGGAAGUUGACGGUCACACUGAAGACAAUGCCUAUUUACCUUCUAAUGGAGAAUUCAUUUGGUUUCAUGGACAAAAGUUGUUGAUGAUAAACUUGCCUGAUGGAAAACAUCUCAUCAUGAAAGAAUUUGUCAAAUGUUGCUUGUCCGAUUAUGACAUUUCUCGUGUUUACAAGACAAAAACCUGUACGCUCAAAAUCAAUCACAAAACACUGACACAUAGUUGUCGGAGAGAAGUUGAGAAGUAUCUCUGCUAUAAAAAAAUAAAAUUUUCAAGUCAGAUGGGAGUAGUAUUGUUAGCAAAUGCUCAAAAGUUGUAUCAUCACAUGCUCAAGAUUAAAUCAUGCCCUGAAGGAAACUGUGUCGGCCCAAACCCACCGGUGUAUGAAAGGUUGACAAGAGAGGAAGACAACUUGGUGCAAAAAGAACGCUCCGUCUCUCCAGACAGCACUGUGCAGUCAAAUCAGCAGUCAAAAGCCUCCACUGACCUCAAGUUCCCAUCUUCAUCCUCGAAAGGAGAUGGUCCAGAUGAUGUUCAGUUAAACAAAGUCUCCAGUCAAUCUCAGGAUUCAGAAGACACAUGUGGAAAUGAUGAAUCUGCCAUCAUUGCCCCGUCAGCUGAACAGGAAGAUGAGGGUGCAGUGUCCGAUGUGAGUGAUGCAACAGAUAUUUACUGUGAUGGAAAGCCAGUGCCCAAGCAUUGGCCUGAAGUCACUGCUGAAGAAACAGAUGAGAAGGACUGUGAGGUAAUCAAAGGAGGCUUUGCUAUCAUUCAAAAGGACAAGAUGCCAGACAGAACACUACGGUAUAUUGUGGUUGAUGGAGAAAAAUGCUAUGUUUAUCAGGACUUAUUUCAACUAUUCUCUAAAGAAGAAGUUGUGAAGGUUGUGAUUCAUAAGGAUAUGCAUGUGGCAGAAUGUACCGCUGACAGUGCUCAUUACCUGUCCCGAUUAGAACCAAAGCUGCCCCCUGUUAUGACUGGGGAGUGUUUCCUCAUCAAGGAGAAAUAUGUCAGGAAAGUCUUCGCCUACUUUGGGGAGCCAUAUCCCAAACUAAAGCUUAUUAAGAAUGGCUUUAAACGCAAAAGUUUGCCUCCAUUGCUGGCUUCAGAGACUGACAGCCAUGACGAUGAUGGUUUGUCCCCUCCAAAGAAAAAACUACUCUCCCACUCUUCACCAGAAGGGAGUAAUGAUGAUAGUGGCAAGAAAUUAAAUCACCAAGACAAAAUUAGCAGCAAAGACAAUGACAACUCAGGCAACAAUGGAAUGACUAGUGGCUCUUGUUUAUCAAGGACAAGUGGACUGAAGCGGAAGCUGGGAGAUGAUUGUGGUGCCAGGGAAGGGCCAGUUUCCAAGAAAAGUCACCUCGAUGACAUUUUCAAUGAAUCCCGAGAAUACAUCCUGCAGGCAUUUGUAACCCUGAAGGAACAACACAAGCAAAUGGCAGCUGACUUGGAGUAUGUCAAGACUGAGGUUCGCGAGACUAAAGCGAUGAAGACUCACCUGGAAGAGGAGUGCAAGAAACAGGAAGGAGACAUGACGAGUCUGAAGUCUGAGCUGAGUGUGUCAAAGGAAUAUAAUGUGUCUUUGGAACAGAAAUAUAAAGAGCUUGAAGGUGUUCUGUCUCAGCUGAAGGGGGACCUACAUGUAAUGAAAGAGGAAAACAAGGCACUUACUAAGGAGAGGGAUCACAAUAAAGAUUUCUUGGAGAAAGUUGUUGGCGCCUACCGAAUGAUCGAUGAUGAUGAUGCAACAGGAAGUGCUUGAAGGGCAACUGGACAGAAGUGCCACCAUGUGCUGAUGGUAGAAGAUCCACAACUGCAGGGACCCCAUCAGUUAUCUGUACACUAUGUUUUACAGUGUUAGCUGUACUUGACGAAUUGGAGUUGAUAGUCAAGCAACUAAAAAAGAUCAAAGUAUAAGAUACUGUUUUUGUACUCAUUAUACUAAAAUGCCCAAAUAAAAGUUACUCAAGUUAGCAGGUUUACAAUCAGUUCUUAUGAACCUCUGCAGAUUUAAGAAACAAGCCACCAGUGCAGGUAUUGAGCAUUUAUGUUCUGCAGGGCCUGUGAUCUUUGUUUGGAAAACCUUUUAAGGUCACUGCUUUCCUUAGAAAGGAGAAGUUAACCUAGUUUGUUUCAAAGAAAAUCUAUGUGUUCCUGCGAGAAUAUCAGAUGACUGCCUCUUGUACACAAGUAGACGUGUGAAUGGUAGUAGUGGAAAUUCUUCAUGGUAAAGAAUGUUGUGUUUAGGAAGACAUGGACAACUCAGAUGUAGAUGACAGCAGCAGGAUGUUGUGCAGUGUUGUUGCCUACAUCUUUCACUCAGGUUAAAAAUGCUGGCCUUCACAUUUCAUCAUGUGGCAUCAUCUGUUGUCUUACAUUAAAGGCAUGUCUCAUAUCAUAACAUGAGUUCUGGAAAGUUAGAUAUCACAAAUAUAUCUUAUUUCAAAAGUUACGAUCUCAAAAUGGAAUGUGUUCAUUGACAGUCAUUGUAUAAUGAAAGCGAUGUAAGUUUUUUAUCUUUCUUUUGGCUCAGUAUGUUUUUUCCAUGUUAUUGAUAUUAUUUUUAUACUAUUUAUUUGUAGCCUUCUGUUUACUGUAUGUGCCAAAUGGUAAAUUAUGUUUGUACUUUGUAGGUUAGUGCUGAUAGUUCUACACAGUAUUGAUUAAUUUAAAUAGUGCAAAUACCUCUAAGAGGCCUUGUUUAGUCCUGAACAUCCUCAUCUAGGGUUGAGGAGAAUAUCCAGUGUAAUGCUUGCACGGACAUGGUCAGGUUGCCUCCAACUUCACUAAUAGAGAAUAUCUCAGGAAAUCCAACAUUUGAAGUAAGCAUAUUUCUGUGACUAGCGAUGUUUUGAAUGUGUCUGUUAUAGGUUCUGUAUAGAGAGUUUGUAUUAAGUUUAUGACAUCGACAUAUCAUGUUGUAAAUAUGUGCAAUUGCAUAAUUUAUACAGCUCCAUUUUCAAUGACGAGUUCAAUGUUGACCUUUCUAUAUUGAACAGUAAUUAUUGUUUCUAAAAACAAAAAAACAAUAAUAAUUUAGUUUGUUUUUUUACUUUUGUAUAAAAAAUAAAUGCUGAAUACAA